AUGAGCUAUCUCCAACGCUCGUUCAGCCCCGUCUAUGCCUCGGAGACCCUUCCCUCUGCUGAGAUCGGCGAAAACUCAAUGCUCAUUGGCGGAGCCUCAGUCUACCUCUCCCCGAACGAAUCAUGGCCCAUCUGCGGCACAUGUUCGAAACCCCUCGUACCUCUGAUCCAGCUGAACGUCUCUUCCCCGUGCACCCCAGAGGAAUUCCGGGUUCUCCUGCCCUCGGUGCUACCGCCCGGCCAAGCACUCGCGACCAUGCUGCAGCUCUUCGUAUGCAGAACGGGCGACGCGGAGUGCUACACCCAUUCCUUGCUCUACUCGACGAGCACAUGCUCCUGGGUCUUGCGCAUAGCCGACGUUAUGCGUACGCCCCGCGAGGUACCCCACCAGCACGGAACACCGGGGCCGCUCUUCCUGCCUCCGCGUCUGGUAGAAACGUGGGCGCCAGGGAAGGAAGAGACGCUGCACGAGGAGCUGAUGUGGGAUCAAGACGACUCUGAAGAGUUCUAUGCAGAGCAUGAGCCAGCGCCGGGGCUGAAGAUGCUCGGUCAUUCCGUGCGGGGGAAAUUUUAUUGUGCGGACGACGGGUGUCCUAGGCCUGGUGCCCAUGUCUUUCCGGAGUGGCGCGAUCUGUUCCAGAUUGGGGGCCGCUUUGAUUUCGAGGAUAAGGAGGAGGAGGAUGAAGACGCUCUUGAAACGAUGGCAUCACUGGGGAAUACCUUCAUUGAGCAAUGCGUAGAGCAUCCGGAUGUUUUGCGGUUGACUAUGAGCGGCGAGUGGUAA